UUCCCAUCACUUGUACUGUAAGAGGCGAAAAGAGACCCAUUCAAGAGAAUGAGUGAACUGGAACAAUUACGGCAGGAGGCAGAACAGCUCCAGAAUCAAAUCAGAGAUGCAAGAAAAGCAUGUAGCGACACAACUCUUGCUCAGAUCACCACAAGUCUUGACUCAGUGGGUCGAAUCCAGAUGCGUACAAGGCGUACCUUGAGAGGUCAUUUAGCCAAAAUUUAUGCUAUGCACUGGGGAUCUGAUUCAAGGUUACUAGUGAGUGCUUCCCAAGAUGGAAAAUUAAUUAUUUGGGAUAGUUAUACAACAAACAAGUUCUUCCCAAGCGGCCAUGCCUUUGCCACUGGUUCAGAUGAUGCUACCUGUCGACUCUUUGAUCUUCGUGCAGACCAGGAGCUCAUGUUAUAUUCUCACGAUAACAUCAUCUGUGGGAUCACCUCUGUAGCUUUCUCAAAGAGUGGACGUCUCUUUUUGGCAGGCUACGACGAUUUCAACUGCAAUGUUUGGGAUACCCUGAAGGGCGAACGUGCAGGUGUUCUUGCUGGUCACGACAACCGAGUCAGCUGCCUAGGGGUGACUGACGACGGCAUGGCAGUAGCUACGGGAUCUUGGGACAGCUUUCUCAGAAUCUGGAAUUAACGUGGCGUUUGACACCUCCACCAAUAGACACACGCACACCUUCUCCACUGAGAUCUGGAGACAGCAAUGCUGCAGCCUCUCGCUGUGAAAUAACAUUUCUACUUUGUAUUUACAGGUGAAGUUUUUCUACUUGCUGAUUAUUGCAUAAGUAGGCUUUCUGUAAAUGAAGUUUAAACACACAAAAAGAAUGAAGAAGUGGUAGGUGGGAGAAAUCAGUGACUUUUUCUUUCAAGGAAAAAGAGAGAGAGGGCAGGACAUCUGUUUGUGGUGAGCAAAGCUUAA